AUGCUUCCGGCCAUCCGUAUGCUUUUGGGAAGACCUGUAUCUCUUUUUCUUCGUUGUAUCUAUAACACUUACUUUACGUUUGAAUCAUCCCCUUUAUCUAUUUCUUUCGUUCUUUUAUUUCCUUUGAGUCUUUCUUUAUAUCCCUCUCCCUCGCUUAAUUUUAUUCUGUUCUCUUCUUUCAUUUCAUUUGAGCCUUCCUUUUUAUCUCUCUCUUUCUUUCCUUCGUUUUUUGAGUGUUCUCUUCUUUCAUUUCAUUUGAGUCUUCCUUUUUAUCUCUCUCUUUCUUACCUUCCCUUCCUUUUUAUCUCUCUCUUUCUUUCCUUCGUUUUUUUGAGUUUCUCUUCUUUCAUUUCAUUUGAGCCUUCCUUUUAUCUCUCUCUUUCUUUCCUUCUGUUCUCUUCUUUCAUUUCAUUUGAGUCUUCCUUUUUAUCUCUCUCUUUCUUUCCUUCGUUUUUUGAGUGUUCUCUUCUUUCAUUUCAUUUGAGCCUUUCCUUUUUAUCUCUCUCUUUCAUUCCUUCUUUUUUUGAGUGUUCUCUUCUUUCAUUUCAUUUGAGCCUUCCUUUCUAUCUCUCUCUUUUUUCCUUCCCUUCCUUUUUAUCUCUCUCUUUCUUUCCUUCGUUUUUUGAAUGUUCUCUUCUUUCAUUUCAUUUGAACCUUCCUUUUUAUCUCUCUCUUUCUUUCCUUCGUUUUUUGAAUGUUCUCUUCUUUCAUUUCAUUUGA